AUGACCAACUCUUUCUUUGGCAGCUGCAGUCGCCUUCGACAAAUUCAGAGUAUCCUGACGCAGAGCAGCAAAUCUCAGCCCGACGGAAUCCUUUGCAUUUUAGGAAUUGAUAGUCGAUACAAUGAAGGUUGCAGGGAACUGGCAAACUACCUGCUUUUUGGCUUGUAUAACCAGAGUAACAAUGACUUUGAGAGAACGGGGUUUCCUGAAGAAGUUCUGGAUGAUAUAAUCAUAUUAAUAAAACCUGACAGUGUUCAUCUGUACUGUAACCCUGUGAAUUACAAUCAUCUUUUGCCAUAUGUGGCUUACUGGAGGAACUUGCAUUUUCACUGUCUAACUGAAAAUGAGUACGAAGAUGAAGAAGCUGCUGAGGAAUUCAAGAUUUCCAGCUUUGUAGACAUGGUUCGAGCUUGUAGUCGCAUUGGAAUUCCGUACAGCUGCCAAGGUCAUCUACAGAUAUUUGAUAUGUUCAUUGUUGAAAAGUGGCCAAUAGUGCAGGCUUUUGCACUAGAAGGAAUUGGGGGUGAUGGCUUCUUUACGAUGAAAUAUGAAUUAAUGGACGUCAGCAUUGAUCUGUGGAAAACAUACAGUAAAAUGGAUCCUGUUUCCCUGGAGGACUUGGUCUUUGAGGACUUAAUGACUUUUGAACACCAAUGGACCAACUUUUUUGCUAACUUUGAUACUGAAGUUCCUUUCAUUCUGGAGCUAUCAGAAUCUCAGGCGGGGGAGCCUUUCAGAAGUUAUUUCAGUCAUGGGAUGAUUUCAAGCCACAUAACAGAUAACAGCCCGAGCCGGCAGCCCUUUGUUCUGUUUGGGAGCCACUCAACUAAAGACAACUUGAACUCCGGGAAUUUUAAUUUUCCAUCAGAAGGACAUCUGGUUCGAAACACUGGCCUUGGUGGUAGCACUGCUAAGCACAUGGUAGUGCAGUGUGUAUCUCCAAAGGGACCUCUGGCCUGUUCAAGGACCUAUUUCUUUGGAACCACUCACAUUCCUUUUCUGGGAAAUGACAAUGAGGUGCACAAGAAAGCUGAGCAAGUUAUGCUGUUGUCGCAAAUAUAUACUGCUGUUGUAGAGGCUGUGCUUGCUGGCAUUGAGUGCUAUGCUAAAACUUCCACUGAAUCCAAGGCCAAGGAGGUAGCAGAGCAGAUGCUUAUGUCUGUGUUAGAUACCCUUCAUUUAACACAACUCAAAACUGCAUUACGCUCCAAAAUCUCCUUUCAAAUUCAGGCUGUGAACAAUCAUGGAAGAAUUACUCCAUUAGAUAAUGAGGAUAGCCUGAAUUUGGUUAAAACGGCAUCAAUGACAGUGUUCGACAUUCCAGACGUGCUCACGGGAAGAGGAUGCUUGGGAUCCGUAGUCUUUUCAGAAUCCUUUCUAACCUCAAAGAUACACGUAAAAGAACAAGAUGGCAGUAUUAAUUCAGAAACCAGCCACAUAAUCCUGACUGCAGUUAUUCCAAGAUACGCAUCUUGGCUGGUAGAAGAUAGUGAUGUGAAACUGUCUGAAAAGACACAACAUAUACUGAAGGAAGAUAAAUCUUUUCUGGGCACUUUACUUGCCGAAGGCGAUGGAGCGCACAUUUAUUCUAGCAACCCCCAGGCCAUGCCUGCAGAAGGAAAAUUGUACUUCUUUUCAGAUGGCAUUCUCUUUUCUCAUCCUCACCACGGCAGCAUUUCCAUUUCAAAGAACCAUAUGAAUUCCAUUUCUCUCUACGAUGGGGAUUCAACCAGUAUUGUUGCCACUCUCUUUAUAGACUUCAAAAGUUCCUUGCUCGUGCAUCUACCAAUUGAAUUCCAUACCCAAGGAAACUUCUUGGUGAUUGCACUUUUCCCCAAAACAAAGAUUUACAAAGCCUUUUAUUCACAGGUUUUUUCCUCAUGGCAGAACCAGCCCGGCUCAGGAUUAUGUUUAAAAGUUGUCCAGGAAGAAUUCCUGUCUAUGGAACAAAAGAGACUACAUUCCAGUGUUCAGAAGCUAUUUAAUGCCUUGUCCUUUCCUUCUGGGGAAAGAUGCAGCCAGCUAAAACUAUCAGCUACCCUCCCAGACUUAGAAAGGUUUCUGCAACAUUUUACCGUCAGCAGCGUCAGUCAUGAGCCAGUAAUGAGAGCACAUCUUCCUAUUUUAUUGCAACAGUCAGAAAUCAUUCCUGAAAAAGCAGAAAGUGAUAAGGUGGUCAUCACAAUUAUUACAGGCCUUCCAGGAUGCCGCUGCAGUGAUCUGUGCACUUUUCUCAUAACUUUUAACAAGGAGCGUGGAAGGUGGCUGGUGUAUCGACAAACUUUGGAUAGUGCUGAAUGUUUCAGUGCCGCCCACUUCCAGCGUUACCUCUCUGGUGUUGUGGAGGCCCAGCAAACCCACAGCGUCCGCCAGGCCGCGUACACCAGAAAGAACAGGCGGCUCUUAGUGGUCUUGCAAGGGUAA